UCCUGGGAUUGUGGCCCCUGAUUCAUCCUGACAGCUUCUGGAAGGCACAGGAUUUCCUUUCCUUUCCUCCCACUCUGAAGAAGGUGAUGGAGAAAACAUUCAGAAUUCCAAGGAAUGGGGCACCUUUCGUUUCAUGAGGAAUAGAAAUUAAAAUGUGUGAAAUGUGGGAUAUGCUUCAUUGAAUGAGGACACAUAGCUCACAUCAAUGACUCUGAGAGGAGAAACCAUUUAAAGGUAUGGAGUGUGGGAAAAGUUUCACUGAUAGUGGAAAAUUUAGAACACAUCAGCAGAUUUACAUUUACAAGAAAGGAUUACAAUGCAGGGAGUGUGGAAGAACUUCAGUCAGAGAGGAUUCCCCAAUAUACAUCAGCGGACUCACACAGAGGGAAAACCAUUUAAAUGCAUGGAGUGCGGGAAAAGCUUCCGUCAGAGUGGACACUUAAGUUCACAUCUACGGACUCACACAGGGGAGAAACCAUAUAAAUGUAUAGAGUGCGGAAAGAGCUUUAGUGAUAGUAGAGACCUUAGAAAACAUCAACGGAUUCACACAGGGGAGAAACCAUAUAAAUGUAUAGAGUGUGGAAAGAGCUUCAGGCUGAGUGGAGACCUUAGAAAUCAUCAACGGACUCACACAGGGGAGAAACCAUUUCAAUGUAUGGAGUGUGGAAAAAGCUUCUGUCAGAGUGGACAGUUAAGUUCACACCUACGGAUUCACACGGGUGAAAAACCUUUUAAAUGCAUGGAGUGUGGGAAGAGCUUCAGGCAGAAUGCAGAACUUAAAUUACACCAGCGAAGUCACACUGGUGAAAAACCAUAUAAAUGUAUGGAGUGUGGAAAGAGCUUCAUUCAGAGUGGGCAGUGCAAUAUGCAUCAACGGAUUCACACAGGGGAGAAACCAUAUAAAUGUAUAGAGUGUGGAAAAAGCUUCUGUCGGAGUGGACACUUAAGUUCACAUCAACGGACUCACACGGGUGAAAAACCAUUUCAAUGUAUGGAGUGUGGAAAAAGCUUCUGUCGGAGUGGACACUUAAGUUCACAUCAACGGACUCACACGGGUGAAAAACCAUUUCAAUGUAUGGAGUGUGGAAAGAUCUUCAGUCGGAGUGGACACCUCAAUAAACAUCACCAGACUCACACAGGGGAGAAACCAUAUAAAUGUAUGGAGUGUGGAAAGAGCUUCAGUCGGAGUGGACACCUCAAUAAACAUCACCAGACUCACACAGGGGAGAAACCAUAUAAAUGUAUGGAGUGUGGAAAGAGCUUCAGUCAGAGUGAUAGACUUAGAAUACAUCAACGGACUCACACGGGUGAAAAACCAUAUAAAUGUAUGGAGUGUGGAAAGAGCUUCAGUCAGAGUGGGCACCUUAGAAAUCAUCAACGGACUCAUACAGGGGAGAAACCUUUUAAAUGUAGGGAGUGCGGAAACAGCUUUAGUGAUAGUGGAAACCUUAGAAAACAUCAACGGAUUCACACAGGGGAGAAACCAUUUCAAUGCAUGGAGUGUGGAAAGAGGUUCAGUCAUAGUGGAGUCCUUAGAUAUCAUCAACGGACUCACACAGGCAGGGGAAAACCAUAUGAAUGUAUGGCAUGCGGGAAGAGCUUCAGUCAAAAAGGAGACCUUAAAUUACACCAGCAGACUCACAAACGGGAGAAUCCAUUUAAUGCAUGGAAUGUGGAAAGAGCUUCCGUUUCAAUGCAAGCCUUAGAAGACAUCAACUGGCUCACACAGGGGGAAAACCAUUUAAAUGCAUGGACCCGCAGGGCUCAGCCCGACGAGCUGGGGGACUGA